GGAUCUUAUUAUAAACAUUAUUAUCGUUAGGUAUGUUUAUUUUCAAUAAAUACCUAUGUUAUCUAAAUUUACUGAUUUUCGAGUAAAACCAUUGUCAAAUAGCCUAUCUAGGCAAUACAGUUCAGCAUUGACCACUCUGUUAGUUAUGGAUCUGGAAGGUCUCCCACCGGAGCUGGUGUGGCACAUCUUGGACAACUUGACCGAUCUUCGGGACCGCAAGAAUGCCUCCCUGGUGUGCAAAAGCUGGAAUUGGAUGCUGUUCAACUCGCCGGUAUCGCUUCGUUGCAUACGGUUACGGGUUUGCCCCAAGGUAGCGAGCCUGGAUCGAACGGAAGCCGAAGAGGUGUUCAAUCAGAUGAGUGAUGUUAUGGUGCACAGUAAGCGUAACUACAUCAAUGUGGAGUUUUUUCAUAUGAAUUUCGAAAGACCGAUGGCGCGCGAGCUCUUGUUCUUCUUGGUUCAAUUGUGUUGUGAUUCGAUUGUACGGUUGUAUUUUACGAAUUGCCAUGGAUUGAGGCGAAGCGAACUGUGGCAAGUUUUAGAAUUGCUGCCCGGGCUUAAGGAACUGGCUGUUUCCGGAGGGAUUUACUAUGACGAGUUUGAUAACGAAGCGGACAUAACAGAGUUGAAUCAACUGGAAAGCUUAACUUUGGACAUUGGAGACGACUGUCGUUUAUAUCAGGAUUUUUCAACAAUCACACCGGAGCUUACCAGUUUCAAUGUACGAACAAUUCAUGGCUGUGUAGAUUUGCGAGAUGUUGUUUUGACUCGAAACUUCAGUCAUCAAUUAAACACGUUGCGGUUUUCCACCAACAGAUGCUUCAAUCAGUCGGAAUUUUCCGAUAUGAAUUUUACAAAUUUAACUAAAUUGGACCUGAAAUUGUCCGGCUCAGUAUGGCCUCAGCUAUUCAAACAGAUGAAGUUGUUAACAGAGCUACAGCUUGAUGCCGGUAUCAACGAUGAAGUGAUUGCUGCCAUUUGUGGAACGUCGACGAAAUUGCGGAAAUUGAGUUUGCUAUGCUCUGGACUAGUGGAGUGUAAGAAGUUCAACAUGCUCAAUCGAUUAGAAAACUUGGAAGAUCUUCAAUUACGAGGGAUUUACAAAUUCAGUUGGCGGCACGUCGUUUUCAGCAAACUUAGACGCCUCCACGUAGAUAAUGUAGCUACGGAUUUUACCAACUUCCUAAAAGAACUUACCGCUUUGAAGUCACUGGAAAUACAUGACACUAAACUGAAAAACGAGCAGCUUAUCAAAUUCACGUUGAAUAUUCCGUCGGUUGAACGGUUAGAGUUAGCAUUUUGUAACAAAUUGAGUGACAAAGCCUUCAAACAUUUGGCUGAUAUGCCAAAUCUGAAGGAGCUUCGGCUUUGGGGAAUAAAUGUAUCUAAGAGCAUCGAUGAGCGGAUGCUGUGUCCGAAGCUCAAGACAAUAAUUUUCUAUUUCAACGAUAAUAUCGAAGAUUCCACCUUGGAUGCCAUUGCCCACAAGUUGCCCAAUUUGCGGCUGUUGGUACUUUACGAUUGCUACCGAAUCAGCCCACAGGGUGUGGCCAAUCUACGCAAAGCGAUGCCCACUUGCAGUGUGCUGGAGUUGUAUCGAGGCGAUGAACUGCCACCGGCGCUGGUGGCCGAGAGUCAGAUUUACUACCGUAAUGCCGAGUUUCCCAACGGAGUUCUUAAGCAGGAGUUACCCUUCCAGUGGUACUGAGUGGAAAGUUGUGGCAGCUGAAUGAACGAGACUGAAAAACUAAUGCAUUUUUAAGUCAAAUAGAAUGAAACAACAUUCAAUCGCACAUAACUGGUCUUGAUCAAUAUUUUGAGAUUUCAAGGCAAAGAACCAAUAGAAGCGCAUAUUUUGUUCAUAGCGUGUUUAUGUAUUUUUAAAAUAAAUUAAUGAUAUAUUGUGAA